GCAGAGGGACUUAGGAUGUUUGUUGUCUCCUCGGCGACGGUGCCAGAGAGCUUCUGCCGGACCGGCGGGGGAAGCGGCCAUGGCCAAGGAGGCUGAGCUCAGCAGUCAGCCCCGAUGGAAGCGCUGCGGGCCGCGGGGCGCCCGAAUUCGGUGCAGCCUCGGCGAGCUCCUGAACGGGCUUCAGAAGGAGCACAGCGACGACGUCGCCCUCUACACCUCGGGCCACCUGAACCCCAGCAAGCUCUACAGGCCCCCCGAGACCAUCCUGCACCACUGGCGCAACGCCCACGGGCCGCAGGCGCAGAAAGCGACGGGGGCCGAAGCGCCGCGGGCCCAGAGGCACCGGUACGUGAGCUCGCACCUGGCGGGCGCCACCAGGGCGGACAAGUACAGGGCCUUCCUGCGCUUCCAAAAGGAGGUCGUCGCCAAGCAAGAUCUGCUGAGGAGCGACCUCGCCAGGAGCCAGGCCGCGCUGUGCCACGAGAAGAAGCUGGAGCAGGAGCUGCAGAAGGUGUGCGUGUGCGACCCUCGGCAGUUCCACAAGCUCCAGGUCCUCGCGGCCGUCUUCGAAGACGUCUGCAACAGUUCGCUGUUGUUCGGGGACAUCCUGAGGGAGGUCAAGAAUGAAUACGAGCUCUACAUGGCCAUCCUUCUGAAGUCGCCGCACACGGCCCAGUACCAGAGUUUGCUGGCUCAAGUCCAGGAGCUGGAGAAGUGGUCCCUGAGGAGCGCAGCCAUCGGCCAGGCCAAGGAGGAGCUGAGGGCGCUUGUGAAGGCCACUAAAGUGGCCUUGGAGCAUAAUGACAAACUCAGAAGUGAGCUGGAGGAGGAGCGCGGGCUGCUGCAGUCGGCUCAGGACAACUCAGAAUCACCUGAGAAAAAUGUAAUGGAUGAGAAACAACUUACUCUUAUUGAGAAGGUUGAAAAGAGAAGGUGUGAAAUACUUAAGAAAUGGGAUGACAUUCAAGAUCUUGAAAGAGAAAUGAAAACAACUUUGAUUCAUACAGGAAUUUCACAUAUCACCGAGAAUAAGAUUAAAAGCUUAGAGAUCGAAGCUAUAAAAUUGGAAACGGCAAACAAAAUCUUAAAGAAGAAAAUAUGUAUUAUCGAAAACCAGCUGAAGCAGUGCAUGCUGAAGAAUAACAUGAGUGGAGACAAGCAGCGGGACCUUUGGGAAUUUAUUGCAGAAUUUAUAAAAUUUAAAGAAACAGACAAUAACUCUCAAGUGCCUGGAAAAAUCACCUAUGAAAAUUCACGACCACCAUGUACAUAACGUGACUGUUUAUGGAUGUAUAAGUUG